UUGGAAAAUCAUCCAGAUUUUUUUUACAUAUUUUGGGUUAAGGGAAGCUAACAAAUUUUAUAAGCCUUCAAAUAAGCAUAAAGAAUACUCUAAAUUGGGUGAAAACAUUUUUUGGAUUAAAUAAUUUUAAUUAAAAAAUAAUUAAUUAUUUUUAGAUUAUUUUUAUUUAAAUUUACUUUAAAAAUGGUUAAUGGUGAAUUACUUAAAAAGCAAAUACAGCAAUUUAAAUUAGGAAAGGAUGCUGCCGCCGAUUAUUAUAAAGAACUUUUUUCUAAACAUUCUGAUGUUGCUGAUGCUUAUGGAGGUGUUGAUCCAGAAACAGUUGGAAGGUCACAACGUUAUAUAAUGAUGGCAAUGAAUGAAAUACAAGCUUUAAUGCAAUUACCCGAACAUGUUAAAGAUGAACGUUCUUGGCGUUCUUCUCUCUCAAAUGUUAAGGAACAUUACAGUGACAGUGAUGUUCCUUUAUCUAAUUUUAUUAAAACAAAAGAUGCUUGGUUGGCAAUUAUGCAAAAAUAUGCUGGGGGAUUAAGCGCUGAACAAAAAAAGGAAUGGGAAGAAUUAUUUACCAAAGCCUCUUCUGAUAUGAAAAAAUGGGGAUGGAUUUAA